AUGAUGAAAGUUACAGCUAUGAAAUACUUUGGGAUCGUUGCUGAUGCUGCUGUUCGCAGCAAUGUCGACACUGUUGCGACGCUAUCGUUUGCGCACGUUGGAUUUGGGUUUGUAGAUCGGUUGUUUUGCUGUAGCAGCGUUGGAUUUGGGUUUGGUGGUGAGGAUGUCAAGUUUUUCUCACUUCCUGUGAAAGACACUCUGCCCAUCGACGACGCGGCAGUUCAAGGAGUUACCGGCGAGAAAAACAACAAUAUGGCGGACAAGGCUGUGACAAUCCGAACAAGGAAGUUCAUGACAAACCGUCUACUCUCCAGGAAACAAUUUAUCAUCGAUGUGUUACAUCCAGGACGUCCCAAUGUUUCCAAGGCUGAGUUGAAGGAGAAAUUGGCUAGGAUGUAUGAAGUGAAAGAUCCAAAUGCCAUAUUUGUGUUCAAGUUCAGGACCCAUUUUGGUGGAGGAAAAUCCACUGGUUUUGGCUUGAUCUAUGAUUCUGUUGAGAAUGCAAAGAAAUUCGAGCCGAAAUACAGGCUCAUCAGGAACGGUCUUGAUACCAAGGUCGAGAAGUCCAGAAAGCAAAUGAAGGAGAGAAAGAACAGAGCAAAGAAGAUCCGUGGUGUGAAGAAGACUAAAGCUGGAGAUGCUGCUAAGGCUGGCAAGAAGAAAUGA